AAAAGCACAUCCUCUCCCACCAGAGACAUGUGAGUGAUAGCUAUCAGAGUGAUGCUCUCAGACUUCAUUAAACACUGCUUUUCACAAGCGCUUCAGGACGGCAUGACUUAAGACUGACCUCUCCGUGUGAUGGAUUGUCGCUCUCCGCUGAGGAUGAAGCUGCUGAUCGUGAUCCUGCUCAUAUCCACCAACAUUGUCUGUCUGCAGGGAUACAAUACUACAGGUGCGGACCUUGCUCUUCACUGUGUAACAGAUUACCUGUACACCAUCAACUGCUCCCUGGGCGGGUUACCGUUAGACAGCAACAACUCCUACUGGCUCACUUUCACAUAUGAGGCAUAUGAGGAUGGAUUAGACACAAUGAAGGAAUUUGUGUGUUUGCUGAACAACACAGAUGGGAAGUACUUCUGCACCUACAGACACUAUACGAUGUUUAUCGAUCUAGAUGGUUAUGAAAUCUCACUUUGUUACAACCAAACAGAUGGGUAUAAAACGUGUAAACAGCUGGUUGAGUUGUACGAGCCUGUGUAUAACAUUAAACCAAACGUACCGCGUUGCCUCACAGUCAGGCACAACGCAAGUGAAUUCCACUUCACCUGGAGAAGUACCUAUGAGGAAUUUUCUUCUUACAACAAUCUGUACAAGGAACUCAAGUAUCAGCUUCAGUAUUACAAGAGAGACACACAAAACGAGCCGUCGAGAGUCUUUCUGUUCUUGGGUUUGGAUUUUUCAGCAGAUGAUACAAAUUUCGAGCCAGACACCAAGUACGCUGCCAGAGUGCGGAGCAUUCCUGAUGGGAAAGAUUACCGAGGAGAGUGGAGCGACUGGUCUCCUGAAGUGCACUGGAAGACGGAGGCAGCUGCGAAUGAUUCCCCAUCCAACACAUCUCUUGGUGGACUUGGUAAAGUGCUCAUCCCUUUAUUUGUGGUGGUGCCAUUCACCCUCAUUUUCUGCUGGUCUCCGAUUAAAAAGUGGAAGCAGGGUGUUUUCAUCCCAACUCCAGCACCCUACUUCCACACCCUGUACAAUGAAUGCCAGGGAGAUUUUAAGAGCUGGGUGGUUACACAUAAACACACGGCCGACAUGCUUAAGACGGAGUCAACGCUUCAAAUCGACACGCUCACAAAGUGUGAAGUAGUGGAAGAGAAGGAGGAGUGUCAGCCCCAGAUUUACCACCACUUCCCGGACGGAAGCGCCUACGGCAAUAUAUCGGACCCCGGCUGCGACGCUUCGAUGCUGGGGGUCCCGUACGCUGUGAGCACAAUGAACCCUCCAUCGUCAUAUGCAGAGAGCUCGGAUGAAGGAGACUCAGGGUGCUGGCUGGAGAGGGACCCGCCCUGGUACUGCAACGAGUACUGCACCCUGAGCACCUUCCAACUGGGAAGCCCUGUCACAGCAGAGGAUCACGAGAGCUUCAAAUCUCACACCUGCCCCACAUAGAUCAUCAGAGAGGAGGCAGUAACUGAAGCACGAGUGAAGUUACUGUACAGUGAAAGUGUGGAGUUGAACCUUCAAAGUUCAACGACACACUUAAAGUUCAAUAUACUAAAAGAACUGCUUCAAAAUAAAACUGUAAACAUAUAUAGAUAUAAUCUUUUCUUCUCCCCACAACUUAUGCAUAAUGAUUGGGAGAUAGAAGUGAUUGCAUAACAUUUAGCUUGCAUUGAGUUAAUUCUGUAAAGACAGACACCUUUUCGUCAAUCCAUUUCGACAUUGUUUUAAUGACGACUGAAUUUUCGCUUCGUUUCGAGGUAAAAAAUGGAACGUUUUAUUCAUUUAAUAAAGAAAAUGCUUUAA